AUGUCAAUUAUCUUCAGAGUACGAGGUCUAGCAACCGCCACGAGGUUGCUCAAUCCGUUUAAGGUUGCUGUAAUAGGUACGGGCCCAGGUGGGUUUUACACGGCGCACCAUCUACUCAACAAAUCAAGCCCAGAUAAACAAAUUCAUUUAGAUUUCUUUGAGAAAUUACCCACACCGUUCGGACUAAGCAGGUAUGGUGUUGCUCCAGAUCAUCCUGAGGUGAAGAAUUGCGAAGAGUUCAUGACUAACAUUAUGGCCGAUUUCAAGGACUCUGAUAGGCAUCGUGUGAGAUUCAUUGGUAACGUAGAGAUAGGCAAGGAUAUCAAGUUGAAGGAGUUAGAGGAGAACUACAACGCAAUUGUUCUUGCAUACGGAUGUACUUCGGCUGACAAUAAAUUAAAUGUUCGAGGAACAGAUUCACCGGGCAUAAUUUCAGCAAGGCAGUUUGUUAAUUGGUACAAUGGUCAUCCUGAUUGCUACAAUACAGAAAACCCUUACAAGCCGCCGCCAUUGGACAAAAUAGAAGAUGUAACAAUUAUUGGAAACGGGAACGUGGCCUUGGAUGUUGCCCGUAUGCUCUUAGCUGAUCCAAAGCAACACUGGCAUGCAACUGAUAUUUCGGUGGAAGCUGAAGAGUUGUUGGAGAAAAGCACAAUCAAGAAUGUCAACAUUGUUGCUAGACGAGGUAUACUAGAAUCUGCAUUUUCGAAUAAAGAAAUUAGAGAAUUGUUUGAGUUGAAAGAUGCCAAAUUUGAGCCUUUGGAAGAAGGAUUAUUGGAAAGAAUUGCCACAAAAAAACUAGGUAGAGUGGACAAGCGUAGAGUUUCGCUACUUGAAAAAUACAACAAGCCUAUUAGUGCAGAAGAAAAAUCGAGGCGAAAAUGGACAUUGCGAUAUCUACUUUCACCGGUCGAAUUUAUAACGAGAGAUGGGGGGAUAAAAGAAACAAGGUUUGUCAAAAAUGAGCCGGUUGAUGAUCCACUUCUUCCCGGAAGAGUCAAACCUACAGACAAGUUUGUUGAGCUCAAAAAUGAACUUGUCAUCUUGUCCAUUGGGUACCAAGGGACCUCAAUUGAGGGGUUUGAGGAGAUUGGCAUCUGGUUUGAUGAUAACAAAUUGCAUAAUAGAGGCGGACGAGUUCUUUCUCAAAUAUCAAAGGGCGAGACUAAGGAAAACUUGACAUACAAGAAAGGUUGGUAUACUUCAGGCUGGAUAAAAAAUGGGCCCAAGGGUGUCAUCGCAGUGACAAUGAUGGAUUCCUUUGAUACGGCCCAAAAUAUCUUGGAAGACUUGACCAAUGGCGACUACAUCAAAGUAGAAGAGGGUAAAGAUAUUAUAGAUUCUGAUGUUUUCAAAUCACUCAGUGAUGUUAUUUAUUGGGAUGACUGGAAGAAAUUGGACAAUUACGAGAUAAAGGAAGGUGAUAAAUUGGGCAAGACUCGCUACAAAGUUUGCAAUAAAAACGAGAUGAUAGAUAUUUGUAAGUAA